CCCACAACGCCCCCACCGCUCGCCGCUUCUCCACACCUCAUGCCACAGUGCACGGGAGACACACACGGCCGUAACUGGCGACCCCGCACGCAGCCUUGCACUCUAUCGCCAAGUGCGAACGGCAGGGCACUUCAUCUAUUCGGUGCUAUCAAGGGGCGUGUUGAAUACGCUUUGUGCUGCGUCGAUAUUUCGCCGAGAUGACGCCCGCCCGCGACAGAGGGGAGGGGAGUUGCGUGCGCGUGGCAAGACGAGGUAUACUAUAUAGUGUGCUGCUAUAGCCGUUGGGCUUGGGCUGUACACACCACAGAGUCCUGAUCAUGACGCGCUAUUCUUCUGGCUUGGUGCUUGCGGGGGCUUUGCUCCAGGGCGGGUUUGUCGCCGGGCAAGCACUGCCGUCGGGCAACGUGACGCCCGUGACGUGCCCCUCGAGCGCAAAGUUCUCCGCCAUCUCGGCGAACACGCACUUCGCGGGCAUGAACCCCGGGUGGAAUCUGGGCAACACGCUGGACGCGGUUGAGACGGAGGGGUCGUGGAACAACCCGCCGGUGGUGGCGUCGACGUUUGACGAUAUCAAGAAGUCCGGCUUCAAGGGCGUCAGGCUGCCUGUCACCUGGGCGUAUCACUACAAGACGCAGUCGCCGGACUGGACGCUGGAUCCCGUGUGGCUGCAGCGCGUGUCGGAUGUGCUGGAUCAGAUUACGUCGCGGGACUUGUAUGUGAUUACGAAUGUGCACCACGAUAGCUGGACGUGGGCGGACUACACGCAGGCGAACGCCAACGUCACGGCGAUUGAGGAGAGGUUCUACAAGACGUGGGUGCAGAUUGGGCAGAAGCUGGCGUGUAAGGGGGAGAAAGUUGCGUUCGAGUCGAUUAAUGAGAUCCCCGGCACGACCGAGGCGCACGGCCAGCAGGCCAACCGGCUGAACACCAUCUUCCUCGAGGCCAUCAACCAGUCCGGCGGCUUCAACCCGAAGCGCGUCGUCAACCUCGUCGGCAGCCGCCAGGACGGCGAGCAGACGGCGCUCUACUUCCAGCCGCCCGACACCACAAAGUACAAGAACCCCUGGGGCAUCCAGUACCACUACUACUCGCCCUACGACUACAUCUUCAACGCCUGGGGCAAGUCGACCUGGGGCUCCGACGCCGACAAGGCCACGCUCGAGACCGACAUCGCGCGCGUGCGCAACAAGUUCCCCGGCGUUCCCCUCAUCAUCGGCGAAUGGGCGGCGUCGCCUGUGGCCACCGAAACCGCAGCCCGCUGGCGCUACUUCGACUUCUUCGUGCGCACGGCGGCGAAGUACAACACCUCGACGGUGCUGUGGGACAACGGCGCCGACUUCCUCAACCGCGCGACCAAGCAGUGGCGCGACCCCGUCGCCCUGGCCAUCUACCUCAACGCGCAAAAGGGCGUUGUUAAUGCACUACCCGAUAGCACGACUGACGGCGCUGCGACGUCGCAGUUCAGCUCCGCGUACAUCUACCACAAGAAGAACACGACGCUGGGCGACAAAACCCUGCCGUUUUUGUUCAACGGCAACACGCUGCAGAAAAUCUCCGUCGCGGCCACCAACAAGAUCCUGACCAAGGGCCAGCACUACACCGUCGCGGGCGCAAACAUCACAUUUAAAUCCACCUUCUUAUCUACGAUCCUCACCCCCACCAGCCCUACAGGCUCGCUCGCAAACCUCACCCUCGAAUUCAACCGCGGCGCCGCCCUGACCGUGGAUAUCCUGCAAUACGCCACGCCCGUACUCACACGCACCACCUUCCCCCUCCCCGCAUCCUCCUCCGACCUCCUGAUCCCGAUAACCUGGCAAGGCCAGAACCGCCCCGCGACGAUAAAAGCGGUGCGCGCCGACGGCACCUUCCUGUUCGAUUCCUGGACGACGGUGCUCGGGCCGCUGCAGCAGGGCAGGAUGACGUACGGGGUGUUUGACUGGGAUGCGAAUAACGUGAUAUUGCGGGCGAGUGCGGUGGAUGCGAUUAGGGCUGCGGCGCAGACGGUUAAGUUUACGGUGGAGUUUUUUCCCAGGGAGGCGGGGAAUGUGGUGGAGUUUAGUGUUACUGUUUAG